UGAAGAGGUUGCCUAAUUCAGCAUCAUCAGAAUGUUCCUGCUAUCGAUAGCUCUGUUGGGGCUUGUUACGUUCCUGGGACUCUACUACAUAUUCUCGUACUGGAGUCGAUACGGACUUCCACACCUCAAGCCGGAAGUUCCGUACGGAAAUUUACGCGCCGUCGCCGAACGUCGUCAGAGCUUUGGAGUGGCCAUCAGUGAGCUGUACCGCAAAUCAACCGAGCAACUGUUAGGGAUCUAUCUGUUCUUCCAGCCGGCGAUCCUCGUCCGCGAUGCAAGUCUGGCCAAACAGAUCAUGACCUCGGACUUCGGAAGUUUCCACGAUCGAGGAAUUUACCACGAUGAAAAAUCGUUUUCGUCAAACAUCUUCUCGGCGUCGUUGAAGCCGUGGAAACAGGUACGACACAAGUUGACGCCGAACUUUAGCACAGGUAAGCUUCGGAACAUGGUGCCAACGGUGCUGGAUGUUGGAAAGAAGCUCGAAAGUUACCUGGCAGAGCAUGCCGACAGGGGAGAAAUCGUCGAGCUGCGUGAGAUUUGUACCCGGUACGUGAUUGAUAUUAUUGCUUUGGUGUUGUUUGGCUUCGAAAUGGACUCGAUCAACGAUCCCGACCAUCCGUUUUACGUCGUUGGUCGCGAGCUAGUGCGGAAUAGCUUCUCGAACAAUCUACGCACGGCCGCAACGUUUAUCUGCCCUGGAAUCCUAAAGCUGACGAAGAUUUCUUCCGUUUCACCAAAAGUGUCCGACUUUAUGGUUGAACUGGUCAAGAAGCAGCUGGAGCUGCGCGAAAAGAUGUGUAACCCGGAAAGACUUUUUCAAUCGCUGAUUGAUCUGCGCCACGAAGAUCGCGACAGAGAAGCCUUGAGCAUUGUGGAGUGUGCUUCAAACGUAAACCUGUUCUACAUCGCUGGGUCGGAAACGACUGGAGGUACCAUAAUCUUCACCCUCCACGAACUAACGCACAAUCCAGCGGUUAUGAAACAGCUGCUUGCGGAAAUUGACGAGGCUCUCGAACGUUCCGGAGGUCAAAUUGAUUAUGAUGUCGUGAAAGGAAUGAGAUAUUUGGACGUUUGUAUUAAAGAAACGCUUCGCAAAUACCCUGGAUUGCCGAUUUUGAACCGAAAGUGCACCCAGGACUAUCGAGUCCCCAACUCAAAGAUGACCAUUCGAAAGGGAACUCAACUGAUUAUUCCACUGUUGGCGUACGCGAUGGACGAACGGUACUUCCCAGAACCGGAAAAAUAUAUGCCGGAGCGGUUCUUCGAGGAAACCAAGAACUACGACGAUGACGCGUAUGCGCCGUUUGGGGACGGACCACGUCAGUGUAUUGCGACACAAAUGGGUAUCACCGUUGCCAAAGUCACCCUGGUGAUGCUGCUAUCUAAAUUCUCUUUCGAAGCAACACAUGGCCAGAGGAUUGAGUUUGCACCGUCAUCAGUUCCACUCGGACCAAAAGACGGGAUUAAGCUUAAGAUUUCUCGGAGGAACAUCUAGAUUUAUGAAUUUAGGAUAGUAUUUACAGCUAUAAAUGUUUUUUUUUAAUUCACGAUCCGUAAGCAAGAUGUUUUCGUUUUGUAUUGUCUUUUUUAGAAAAAUCAAUGUAGAUCAAAGAGCCAAAAUUACCAGCUUUAAAACUAUACCGAACGGUAUCACAAAAACUA